CUCCAAUAAGACAUGUUUUGGGCAAAAGUAAGAUGAUAGUGGGAUUGCUAGAAGGAAUCUCAACGAUGUUGAAGGGUGAAGUGGCAAUGUGAUGAAACCUCAAUUGCACAAUAGUGAGGAUGAUUGUCCAGUUUCUGUUGCCUAUGACUUUCCGAAUGAUGAUGAACUUCAUUUUGAGAUUGAGAUGAUAGAUUUCUUCAAAGCCAAGGCAAUAAUGUCCACUUUCAAUUCUUUAUCAUGGGAAUGAUUCAUGAUAUUCAUCUUUAAAAAAUCAUGACAUUUUGAACUUUACAACCAGCACACUGCACACGUGGAUUUCAUCAUUACAUGGAGUUAUUACUAGCAAUGUCAAUUCCAUUCAUUGGAAUUUAUUCAAGAUCAUAGACCUUCAAUUGGAGGGCCUUUAUAUCUGAAAUCCAAUGUUGGUAUCUCUUGACUAACAUUAAACCUAAUUUUGACAUUUUAGAUCUAAGGAGUAGUUCUAUAAUUGCAUCCAACUUUCAUGAAGACUCCCUAUGGUGAUCCUAACAACAAACACACAUUUACCAGCCUUUCCCCUCAUCUCCAUUUUCUACCUAUGAAGGAAAAGAAUAAAAAAAUUUGCAUCCAACUUCUUUUAAAUCUAAUCAAGAUUUUCAUUAAUGUGUUGAUUUUCAGGAUGUAAGUGAUGAUUUGGGAGUUGUAAAGAAGGUAAUAAAUGAAGGGCUGGGUUGGGAAUCACCAAGGGAACCUUAUGAAGUAACAGCUUGAGACUGGUGAUGGCAAAUUGAUUCUGUUAUAUAUGGAAGGAGAACCAUAUUUCUUUACUUUUGGAAAAUCAGAGUAGGUACCUAAAAGUCUUGAGAUGGGGAUUGGAAUGAUGGCACGUGGAGAGAAGGCAGUAGUAUAUGUCACCAGUCAGUACCUAACUCAAUCUCCUUUGAUCCCUGUGAUAGAAGGUUUGGAAGAAGUUCACUUAGAGAUGCAGCUUUUCCACUUCAUUCAGGGGAACAGGCUAUUCAAAGAAGGAAAAUUUGAACUUGCUAAAGCAAAGUAUGAGAAGAAUCUAUUACAUUUGGAUGUGGCUGCAUGCCAACUGAAACUGGGAGAAUGCAGAAAUUCCAUCGAUACAUGCAAUAAGAUGCAAACCCUGCACAUGUGAAGGCUCUUUACUGCCGUGGAAUGGCCUACAUGGCAGCUGGAGAUUUUGAGGAAGCAAGGGGUGAUUUCAAAAUGAUGAUGAAAAUUGACAAGUCAUCUGAAAUUGAUGCAACAGCUGCUCUUCUAAAACUGAAGCAGAAGGAGCAGGAAAUUGAGAGGAAGGAUCGGAAACAAUUUAAAGGAUUAUUUGACUAGAAACUAGGGGAAAUUGCUGUUUCUGGAGCUGAAGAUAGAGAAGAUAAUGAUAUGGGUGAAAGCCAGACAAAUUUUGAUAAGGAGGAUUUGGAUGCAAAUAAUUCAGAGGGAUCCCCGUGAAGCUGCAGCUGAUGCACGUAGAAUGGGUUGGUUCUCCCUCUUCUGGCCUACUGGUGGAAGACUAUUUUCAGCUCUUGGGCUGCAAAGAUGUUCCAUAUUAUGAUUUUUGUGUCAAACUGAUCCUGGGGUUAGGGCAUCUUUGCUUGUAAUGCAUUGGCUGAAGUGGUGCUUUAAUUUGGUUGGCUGCUGGGAAAAGUACAAAAAAAGAAUCUAGAUUCUAGAGUACUAGCCAUUUAUAUGCUCCAAGAAAUAGAAAGCAACAAAUAAAUGAUUAUCUUAUACGUCUUUGGCACCUUUUAGAUUUCUUGAAUUCUUUCUAAUACCAGAAAAGAGGAAGCCAGGUCCUCUCCCCUGUAGGAGCUCUUUUCUCUCCCCUUUUCACGGUGUGAGUUUCUUUUCUCCCUUAGUACUUUUCAAGGGUUUCUUUCUUGGCCUGCCCUCCUUGUUGCUGGGGUAGUGGCCAUUUAAAUCUAAACCAUGGAAAACAAAGUAGUCAACCAGCUGAAAAAUUUACAGCUAACCAAGGAAGAAGAAGAAAGCAUUUCCAUUACAAAAGCCAGUAAACCAGAACUGAUUGAAGAAUGUCAUCACAGCCUCUUUGGUCGUCUCCUUGCCUAUCGCCAUCAGAAUCUGAGGGCUCUCAAAAGCACCUUAAGGGCAGAUUGGAAGAUGGGGUCUGAUCUAAGAAUCAUUGAGGUAGGAAACAAUAUCUUGCAAUUUAAAUUUAGCUCUAUGUUUCAACUAGAUUGGGUGGAAAGAAGUGGUCCUUGGAAUUUUGAUAACAACCUUCUCCUUCUUUGCCGUUGGAGGAAAGGGUUGACAUCCACAAAUAUUUCCUUCUCCCAUUCCCCCUUUUGGGUCCAAGUAUGGGGACUUCCUUUUGAGCAUAUGUCUGAAGAAGUAGUGAUAGAAAUUGGGUGCAAAUUGGGCAAUGUUUUGGAGGUAGACAAACGAUCCAUGCAAGCAGAUCAGGCGGAGUAUAUCAGAUUAAGGAUCAGUCUGCCCAUUGACAAACCACUCCGAAGAGGAGGAUUUAUUAGUGUUGAAGAUGGUGAACGAUAUUGGGUGACCUUUAAGUAUGAACGGCUCCCCACUUUCUGUUUUCUUUGUGGAAAGCUGGGGCACGAUGACAAGCAUUGUAAGGAAACUCUAAAGGAGCAUCAACAAGGAAAGCAAUACGGAGAGUGGCUAAAAGUUGGAGGAAGUACUAAACCCGGAGGUGAAUAUGCCGGUGCGUCGACUAAUAGGAGGGAGGAAAAAAUGAGAAGUGAUGAAACAAGGUUCAAAUCACCUUCGGAAACUGAAUGUUUGCAGCCAUGGAUGCAAACAGAGGAUGAGAGGAGCGCUGGUAAUUGGAGCUUGAACGAAGAACGCGCCUCGGGAGAAGGUAAGGAUACUGGUAUGACAGAACCCAAUGAGCAACAUCAUCUGAGCAGAUGGGACAACGCCUAUGUGAUGGAGAUAGAAAGGCUGCCAGAUCUUGAGGUACGUAACAAGCAAAGUGUAACUAGAGCUGAUAUAGUCAGGGAAUUGUCCAAAGAGAACCAGGAUACUCAAUUAAGUGUGGGCCAGGCAGAUAGGCCCAGAAAAGCAAGAAGCCUCCAGCCCAAAGAAGAAAGAUCACGGGGGAAUAGAUAAUGAAGUGGCGAAAAAAAGAAGAGGCCGACCCAAUUAAUAGAAAGAAGAGUGCGUUAAGUUAAAGAAAAUUGCCAGAGAAGUUGGAAAGGCCCAAGGCGCUGAAGUGGAUAUUACCCCUACUAAGGUUAGUAAAAAAAGGCCUAAUAAUAUAGAAACUCUGUCUGUAACAGAAGGAAAGGCUCAAAAAAUGUAUUUGUGAAAGGAGUGUUAGGGAGGAUGAAUUUUUAUCUGAUGAAACGGCGGUGACUACAAUGCAGCACCGCCGAGAACAAUGAUUGCCUUAGGAUGGAAAUGCCGAGGGUUUGGGAACCCUCGGACAGUUAGAGUGUUGCGUGAAUUUGUGCAACAAUGGGAUCCCAAAAUAGUCUUCUUAAUGGAGACUAAACUAAAAAAGAAAAGGAUGGAAAAGGAGAAAGAAAAGGCAGGUUUUAACAAUGGUCUGGUCCCAGUACAGGUAGAAGUGGAGGUCUUGCAUUGUUAUGGAAAAAAGAUAUAAUGGUGGAAGUCCAAGGUUACUUUGACAACUAUAUCGAUGCAAUUGUCACUGAUCCAACCACCGGGUUUAAAUGGUGAAUUACUGGAUUCUAUGGGCACCCAGAAACCCAUCGUAGGAAAGAGUCAUGGAAUUUACUUAGAGAUUUGAAUAGAAGAUACAGAAUACCAUGGAUGUGCUUUGGAGACUUCAAUGAAAUUGUUUCCAUGGAAGAAAAGAAAGGUGGGGCUGUGAGGUCUCAAAGGCAGAUGGAAGAUUUUCGAAAUGCUAUUCAUCAAUGUGGUUUUAGAGACCUGGGAUAUCGUGGUCCUGAUUAUACAUGGUGUAACAUGCAAGAAGGAGAUGAUAAAAUAUAUUUAAGAUUGGAUAGGGCCUUAGCCACUGUUGAUUGGAUAGAUCACUAUAGAGAAACAAGGGUGCACCACCUGGUUGACUCUACAUCUGACCAUUGUGCAUUGUUAAUCACUAACUCUAUGACUCAACAGCCGCCUAGAAAGAGAAGAUUCCAUUGUGAAGCAAUGUGGAUUAAAAGAGAAGAUUGUAAAGAUGUUAUUAAAGAUGCUUGGAAUGGGUGUGGGGAUCUCAGUUCGCGAAGUGGGAUUGCAAAUGGGCUUAGACAAUGUGCUUCUGACCUCUCUCGGUGGAACAAAUUAGUGUUUGGACAUGUUCCAAAACUGAUUCAAAAUAAAAGGAAAAUUCUCAAUGCUUUAGUUUUGAGAGACAGAGAUGGAAGUUUGGGUAGUGAAAUUAACAGUGUGAGAAAGGAGAUCAAUGACCUCCUAGAUAGUGAAGAAAUUAUGUGGCACCAACGAUCAAGAGUGCAAUGGAUGAUGCUGGGUGAUUGCAAUACCAGGUAUUUUCACUCAAAAGCCUCAGAUAGAAAGAGGAAAAAUGCCAUAUCAAGAAUUAUGGAUGAAAAUGGAAUCUGGCAUGAAACCAAGGAAGGUAUUGCAAAUGUUACUGUGUCCUAUUUUGAGAAGCUGUAUACUACCUCCUAUCCUAGUCAUAUCUCAAAGGUCAUUGAUACAAUUCCCACCAAAGUUUCUUCAGAAAUGAAUCAAAGUCUUAUCAAGGAGUUUACCAAAGAAGAAGUGCUGGCUGCCCUAAAGCAAAUGCAUCCAACCAAAGCCCCUGGCCCUGAUGAUGGUCUUUCCUCGCUCAUUAAUAACGCUGCUAGAAAUCAGCGGCUGAGUGGUAUAAGCAUGUGUAGAGGCUGCCCUAUGAUCACCCACCUCUUCUUUGCUGAUGAUAGCUUAUUGUUUUGCAAAGCUAGCAGCCAAGAAUGCCAUCAACUUGUUGAAAUCCUCCAACUAUAUGAGGCUGCAUCAGGCCAGAAAGUUGAUACUGAUAAAUCAUCAGUAUUUUUUAGCCGUAAUGCUCCUGAAGCUUUAAAGAAUGAGGUGUUGAAUGUUCUUGGUCCUAUGUAGAACUCUCGGCAUGGUAAAUACCUUGGUCUUCCCACUAUCAUUGGUAAGUCCAAAACAGAAGUCUUUGCAGAAAUUAAAGAGAGAGUAGGGAAAAAGUUAGCUGGAUGGAAGGAAAAAAUGCUCUCCAUGGGUGAUAGGGAAAUUCUCAUAAAAGCGGUUGUCCAAGCAAUUCCGGCUUAUACAAUGAGCUGUUUUCAGCUACCGAAAUGUCUUUGUGAAGAAAUGGAAGGGAUGAUGCGAAGAUUCUGGUUGGGGCAGCGCCAAUAAGAGUUAAAAAUUGCAUGGGUCAGUUGGAGGAAGCUUUGCAAAUCAAAGGAUAGAGGUGGCAUGGGGUUUAGAGACCUUCAAGCCUUCAAUUUGGCUAUGUUAGCAAAGCAGGGCUGGAGACUGUUAACAAAUCCGGACUCCUUAGUUGCCCGGAUUUAUAAAGCUCGCUACUACCCCCACGGAGAUGUUCUUAGGGCAAAGCUUGGAUCCAACCCCUCAUAUACGUGGAGAAGUAUUAGGAAUGGGCUUGAAGUGAUAAGGAGAGGAACCUGAUGGCGGGUUGGAAAUGGGAAUUUGAUUCACAUAUGGGAGGAUAAAUGGAUGCCUACUUCCACAACUUACAAAGUAAUCUCUCCCCCUCGGCCUUUUGAUGGCUUCCCUAUGGUCUCUAAUCUCAUCGACAAAGAUACUAGAAGGUGGAAGGCAGAUUUAGUUAGAGCAUUGUUUCUACCUUUUGAAGCAUCCACAAUCCUCAACAUUCCCCUGAGUUACAACUUGCUUGAAGAUAAGAUCAUUUGGGUUGGAAAUAAAAAGGGGGAGUUUAUAGUGAAAAGUGCAUAUUACAUUGCCCUUAAACUGAGCAAAGGGGAGGAUGAUGAGGAAUGCUCUUCAGUAGAUUAUAGAGCUGCUCUAUGGAAAAGAAUUUGGCACUUAAAAAUCCCUUCAAAGAUCAGAAUUUUUGGAUGGAGGGCAUGCUUGAAUGGACUGCCCAACUGCUGAGAACUUAAAGAAGAGGGGAAUUAAUACAAGCGAGCUUUGUCCAUGCUGCGGAAAAGAUCCUGAAUCAAUAACUCACUCCUUGUUGAGAUGUGAGUUUGCCAAGAAAGUCUGGAAUUGCUGGCGGGAGUGUCCAGUAGAUAUUCCAUCAAGUCAGUGGGAUUUUUCUGAUGUAGCAUUGGAAAUUUUGGAACAAGGGACAGCUAUGGAUCUUGAGGCUUUUUUUGUCACGGCAUGGUCAAUAUGGUAUAACUGAAACCAGGUGGUGCAUGAAUCAACC